AUGAAUCAUCGAUACUUUUCACCACCUAAUAAUGCAUCAUCUUCAUCAUCAACAACGACAAUAGGUGUUGCCGAUAGUUUGGAUAAUACAGCAGGAGGAGGAUCUUCAUACACCGUUUCAAAGAAUAAAUUAUUUACUGCUGAUUCGGAAGUGUUUUGUAUUAGAUUUAGCUCUGAUUCAAAGAGUUUGGCAGCAGGAUGUAGUGAUGGUAUUGUUAGAGUGUUUAAUGUAAAUGAUGGGAAAUUACUUUACUCAUUGAAUACAGCCACUAAGCAACAAUUACCUCUCCCAGUAACAUCUUUAAAAUUUAGACCAUCCCUUAACCCAAAUUCAGCUCAAAAUGUAUUACUUGUAUCUGGAUCAAAAGGUGUUGUUCAACAUUGGCAUGUGACAUCAGGAAAGCUUUUAAAUGAAAUUCAAGAGGAGGAAAACCAAGCUUAUGUAGUGGACUAUAGAAAGGAUGGAGCUUAUUUUGCAACAGCAGGUAAAGAUUCAACAGUUAGAUUGUAUGAUGAAGAAACCAAUGUUUGUGUAAUGAAAAUGAGAGGUGGAAAUGGAGUAACAAGUGCUGGUCAUACCAACAGAAUAUUUUCUCUUAAAUUCCACCCAAAUGAUGACAAUAUAAUUCUAACUGGAGGAUGGGAUAAUACAGUUCAAAUUUGGGAUAAGAGAAUGGAUUAUGCUGCAAGAAGAAUUUUUGGACCUCACAUUUGUGGAGAUGCCAUUGAUAUUGAUUCUAAUAAUUCCAUAUUGACGGGUUCUUGGAGACCUGAUGACCAACUUCAGUUAUGGGACUUUGGAUCUGGAAAUUUAAUUGAGAAUAUUCCAAUACCUCAUUCAGGAGGUCCAUCAACACUUAACGCUUACUGUGCACAGUUUGGAGAUAGCUCAGGAUCCAUUCUUGCUGUAGGAGGAUCCGGAACAAAUGAAGCAUUAAUAAUGACUAGAUCUUCUGGUAGAAUUAUUGGAGCAAUAAGAGAAUUAGAAAAAGCUGUUUACUGUAUGGCUUUUUCUAAAAAUCAACAUCAUAUUGCUGUUGGUUGUGGAACAGGGUCUAUUUACUUAUUAAAUCGUGCUUAA